UGGGAGGAUGGGGGGAGUAAAGUGUGACCAAUAGAUUUCAGUGUUUGCAGCUAUUUUUCAGGCAUCUUCUUCAAUUCUUUGAUAGGAUGUUUUUUACAUACACACUUACAGCAGCAAACAUUUGUAAAGUUAUGGAACACACAUCCUAUAUGUCCAGGGCUGGCCAAUAGAAACCAUAUAAAGGUUCUUACUCAAAUCAGUCAGCCAUGGUGCUGGAUGGCAUGGAACUGAUUGCAAUUACUGUAGUCAUUGGCCUUUUUUUUGUCAUGUUCAAGCAGUUUGGUGUCUGGGAGCCCUUGUCAUUAGAUGGUAAGUAACAGGAACAGACUCCCCAGUCUCUUUUCUGAUCAAGGCCAUCAUAUUCCUCACAAAUAGACAUAAGCUAUUCGUACUGUGUUGUUGAUAGUUGACGCUACAUGAUUUCACUGUUGUCAACACAAUGCCUCAAAACACGAAGGUCUCAUGUCUUAUUACUGAUAGAUAGAAAUAGAAAAGACAACACUGUGGCCACCUGACUUAACCUGAUUGUGUGUUUCUCCCUUUCUCACCUCCUCACUUCCCUAUACUUCAAUCUCUUCCUCUCCCUUUUCCUCUCUCUGGUUGUUUGUAUAUCAUAGAUGGUGAGCACACACACAGUAGUAACUCCAUGUAUUCUUCAUUUCCUUUGUCUUGAUUAUGUAUGUUUUAAUCUGUGCCCCACUCUCUCAUUAUAUAUGUAUAUGUAUAUGUAUUUAUAUGUUGUCUCUCUGAGGGUUGCUUGUCUUCCACUCAUCAUCCUCAUCAUCCUUACUUUAUUAUCCACCAUCUUUUUGCUUUUAAAAAUGUUAUUGUGCUCCAUUGUCAUCCAAUCCCAUUUCUGUUACCCACCACACAAAUGUCUCUCCCUCCAACUUCUUUUGAUUAUCCUCACAUCUUCCUCUCCCAAUUUCAACCUUUCUCAUCCAUUUCUGUCCUAUUUUUGCCUCUCCCUGAAUCUGCAUUCUCCUCUCCCUUUCACCUCACCCCUUCUCCCGACUUUCCUUCCUUUCCCUGGGUUGUCCUCCUCUCCCUCUCUCCCUCUCCUCUCUCAAACAGAGAGUAGUGACUGUGAAUUGGAGCUUUCUACUGUUCGUCACCAGCCCGAAGGCUUAGAACAGCUCCAGGCCCAGACCCAGUUUACCAGGAAAGAGCUGCAGUCGCUCUACAGAGGCUUCAAAAAUGAGUGUCCUAGCGGGCUGGUGGAUGAGGAGACGUUCAAGACCAUCUAUUCACAGUUCUUCCCCCAGGGAGAUGCCACCACAUAUGCACAUUUCCUGUUCAACGCUUUUGACAUGGACAGAAAUGGCUCUAUCCGUUUUGAGGACUUUGUGAUUGGCCUAUCUGUACUGCUCAGAGGUUCAGAAACAGAGAAGCUCCAGUGGGCCUUCAAUCUGUAUGAUAUUAACAAGGAUGGCUGCAUCACCAAGGAGGAGAUGUUGGCCAUAAUGACGUCCAUCUAUGACAUGAUGGGCAGGUAUACCUCUCCUAGUGUACGAGAUGAUGACCCAUCUGAGCAUGUGGACAAGUUCUUUCAGAAAAUGGAUCGGAACAGAGACGGGGUGGUGACCAUCGAUGAGUUCAUAGAGACCUGUCAGAAGGAUGAAGAUAUAAUGGCCUCCAUAAAGCUCUUUGAGAAUGUAAUCUAGGUCUAGGACUGGUCAGAGAACACAGAUAUAUGUCAAGAUGACCUUUGAUUCCAAUAGCAGACCCUACAAGCCCCUCCGUACCUUGCCCCUCGCCGUUGGAUAAUAGAAGAUUAAUGACACAUCAAAAUGAGGACAGUAAACAUAAACAUGUGGAAUAGGGAAAUGUGACUCGAAACGUUUGACUCCACUAUGUAUGGGAAAACAAUCCCUAAAAAUGGCCCUGCUGACAGUUCUACUUUCCUUUCCUUUUUUUUCUCCAAUUUUUACAAACAACAUGCCACUGACUUUGAGUAAAGCCAGAGUGUUUAUGUAUGCGGACGACUCAACACUAUACACGUCAGCUACCACAGCGACUGAAAUGAUUGCAACACUUAACAAAGAGCUGCAGUUAGUUUCAGAAUGGGUGGCAAGGAAUAAGUUAGCCCUAAAUAAAAGCAUUAAAAAUAAGUUAGCCUAAAAAUAAAAGCAUUGUAUUUGGAGCAAAACACUCACCUGACCCUAAACCUCAACUAAAUCUUGUAAUAAAUAAUGUGGAAAUUGAGCUAGUUGAGAUGACUAAACUGCUUGGAGUAACCCCAGAUUGUAACCUGUCAUGGUCAAAACAUAUUGAUACAGUAGUAGCUAAAAUGGGGAGAAGUCUGUCUUUAACAAAGCGAUGUUCCGCCUUCUUAACAACACUAUCAACAAGGCAGGUCCUACAGGCCCUAGUUUUGUCGCACCUUGACUACUGUUCAGUCGUGUGGUCAAGUGCCACAAAAUAGGACUUAGAAAAAUUGCAAUUGGCUCAGAACAGGGCAGCACGGCUGGCCCUUGGAUGUACACAGAGAGCUAAUAUUAAUAAUAUGCAUGUCAAUCUCUCCUGACUGAAAGCAAAGGAGAGAUUGACUUCAUCACUUACAUAUCACUUACAUACUUUGAUUUAUGAGAAGUUUUGACAUGUUGAACGCACCGAACUGUCUGUCUACACUACUGGCACACAGCUCGGACACCCAUGCACCCCACAAGACAUGCCACAAGAGGUCUCUUCACAGUCCCCAAGUCCAGAACAGAUUAUGGGGAGGCACACAGUACUACAUAGAGCCAUGACUACAUUGGACUCUAUUCCGCAUCAAGUAACUGACACAAGAAGUAAAAUUUGAUUUAAAAAACACCUUAUGGAACAGCGGGGACUGUGAAGCAACACAAACACAGACACAUACCAACACACACAUACAUACACACACACACGAUAACAUGCGCACUCUACGUACAUACACAUGGAUUUAGUACUGUAGAUAUGUGGUAGUGGUGGAGUAUGGGCCUGAGGGCACACAAUGUGUUGUGAAAUCUGUGAAUGUAUUGUAAUGUUUUUAAAAUUGUAUAAACCGCCUUAAUUUUGCUGUACCCCAGGAAGAGUAGCUGCUGCUUUGGCAGCAUCUAAUGGGGAUCCAUAAUAAAUACAAAUACAAAUAGGAAUGGCAACAUAAGAAGUGAAAUGUUAGUACACUGUGCAGUAGCAUGUCUACUGCUCAUGCCUGAACCGAUUAUGAUACUUUGCAUGUUUGCCUGAGAGUAGUGUAAGUUAAUGUUAACACAGUUGAAUGUAAGUAUGAAUGUUAUUAUUGAGUAGCCUGAAACAAAUAUUAUUGUAUUUGUUUGUGUGUGUGUUGUAGGGGCUCAUAGUAAUGGGUGGAAUGGAAUAGAUGGAAAUGAAUCGAGCACAUCAAACACGUAUUUUGCUACCAUUUCAUUCCAGCCAUCAUUAUGAGCCAUCCUCCCGUCAGCAGUCUCCUGUGCACACAACAGCUUAGAAAUGUUAAAGUUUUUUACAUUUCUGUACCCUCAUGUAUAGUGUACAUAUAGCUCAUCAGCAUUAUGAUAGGAAGGUGGGAUUUAUUGAUUUUGCCAUAUCAUAUAGCUACUCGCACCAUUACAGACAGUACAUGCAAUCAUCUAUCAUACCGCCAUACUCCAAACCACCCCUCUACAGCCUAUGUCAUAAACUAACUGCAUACCUGGAGAGAAUGUAUUUCAAAAUGUUGUUGAAUAUCACUCUAAAUAAAAAAGGAACCUGCACAUCGCAUGAUAUUUCAUAUGUAAUUGUAUAUCACUUUCCUAAAAAUAGUUUUCCUGUGGCCUAAAAUGUUUAUGAAUUACAAUGUAAUUGGUACAGUUGAAGAUGACCUGUGCUUUGGCUCAUAUAUAAAGUCAAGGCUGUUUUCUACUAACAAGUUGAGUCAGUGUUUUUGUUCUCAAAUGCCGCAACAAAAAAAGUAAUGCUCUGCUGCAUUAUAUGGUGCAUUGGUGCAUUAUAUG